AGUUAUUUCAGUAACCCGGUGACAAAAGAAGCAGAAUGGAUACUGAGGAAGAAAACAUGACAGCGCAGGAAAUGAUGGAGAAAAUCGCCCAGCUCGAUCACAACAGCAGUUUACUGAAGGAGCAGAACACAGAGAUGAGGAGCUGGCUGGAUACGGCGGAUGAAGACAUGGCCAUACUUCGAUCUGAGAACAGUUUUCUCAAAAAGCAAGUGAAAGACCUGGAGAAAAUAAUCAGCGAUGCUCAGAGUGUUGAAUCAGAACCAACUGAAUGUCAGCCCGAUUACCUUGAUUUGAAAAUAAGAAAUGACAUGGAAAUUCAGAAGUUGGAGAAGGAAUCAGCCUCUCUGAAAAAAGAAAACAAAAAGCUCACAGAUGAGAUAAGGAACUUGCAGCAGCUACAACAGCAAGAUGAUGUGACCCUGAACAAGUUAAAAGCUUCAUUUCAAAUACUUGAGUCUGAGUGGGAGGAGGCUCAGUUAGGACUACAGCAAAGAGAUGAGGUUCUUCAACAGAAACAACAGGAGUUAAAACAUGCUGAGGAAAUGGUGGAAGAAUAUUCAACCAUUAUAAAGGAUCUCAGGGUGAAAAACCAGCAAUUAAAAGAGGAACUUGAGGCUGGACAGGAUGAAGUGUCAUUCGCUGUUGCUAUUGACCUUUUGGAAGCAAAGGACAAGAGUAGCAGUCCUGCUCUGUCAUUUGCCGAGGAGCUUAGGCUGUUGGAUUCUUUCUUUCAUACCAACAUCAGCAUAUCAGACGUCACAGUGGCAAAUGAUGAAGUAAUGUCUGAAAAAGCCCAAAAGACAACUUGUUUAGUGACAGACGAUUGCACUGAUUGCACUGAAAGUGGAGAAUUUUUUAUUUUCUAG